AUGAUCCUUAAAUAUGUAUUAUUUAUAAGCAUUUUCAUUUAUAAAGUCAUUUGUAGAGACUAUUACGCAGGUAUGUUUAAAAAGAAUGACAUUCUAGUGGCACAAGAUCGUGUGUUUAAAGGUAGGGUACCUUGGGAACACACGUACGCAAAAUAUGGAAGAAUUUUCAAGUGUCCAAUCACCUACAUCAGAGUUGCGAACCGUUUAGGUACAGGAGGUAGUUCAACAGCACAAAUUAUCAGAGGUGGUAUCCUCUAUAAAUAUGUGGUGAUUCUUUUGACGUCUCCAUAUGACCUUCCAAUUUCAGUCAAUAUAUACAUUGGAUGUGAAAACAAAAUGACAACAACUAAAAGAACUAAAAGAACAACAACAACAACAACAACAACUAAAACAACCAGGGCUACAGUAAAAUCUAGUUCUGGAAACCAAAUAAAGACUAUCGCCAGUACUCGAGCAGAUUUGAACGAAUCUACUACUGUAAUAAAUAAUAAAGGAACUGGUAGUACAAUAAGUCCUACAACAUUAACGACUGUUAAAAUUUAG